UCUCUCUCUCUUUCUCUGCCUCUCUCUAAUCCGUUCACAACCCACUCCCCGCGCGAAUCUCAAAGCACGAAACCCGUCCGCCGAUCGCCGGAUCAUGAUCGGACGGAUAGGAAUAGAGCGCUGGUCGCCUACGCUCACCACUUUGUACGGUUACCGCGGUAGGGAAUCUUCUCCUCCGCUGCCUCAGCCUCACUCCGUUCGACUAUAAAUAGCGCACUAAUUGGUCCACUCCGCGUUCUCUGUUUCUUCUUAUAUUCGUCCUAAUCGUCUCCGUUAGAGAGGGAAGAGGAGAGAGGAGAGAGAGAGAGAGAGAGAGAGAGAGAGAGAAAUGGGGGAUAGGGCUUACAAUUCCUCUUCGAAGCCGAUGCUAAACCCUCCCCCUCGAGCCCUCAACGGCGGCGGCGGCGGCGGGGGCGGGGGCGGGGGCACCGCGAACGGAGGCGCCGGAGUUCCGGUGAAGCCGCAGCAGUACGGCGGCGGCGCUCCUCCGGCGUACCGGCCACGACCUCUGCCGCCGCCGCGGAGGCGGCGGAAGCGCCGGAGCUGCUGCUGCGCGUUCUGCCUCUGGCUCACCCUCAUCCUCAUCGGGCUCGUCUUCGUCGUCGCGAUCGCCGCGGGGGUCUUCUACGUGCUCUACCACCCCCAGCGCCCCACCUUCUCUGUCACCUCCCUCCACCUCGCCAAACUCAACGUCUCCUCCUCCUCCGAUCUCCUCACCUCCGCCCUCGACUUCACCCUCGUCGCCCGCAACCCCAACCGCAAGAUCGUCUUCGUCUACGGCGACAUCGCCGUCUCCGCCGCCGCGGACGGGAUCCCGAUCGGGACCGCGUCGAUCCCCGGGUUCGUCCACGCGGCCGGGAACACGACGUGGAUCGCGGCCACGCUCGCGAGCUCCGGGAAUAACCUGGAUCCCACGGCGGCCGCGGAUCUGAGGAGCAAGAAGCGCUUCCCCAUGGAGAUCGAGGUGGACACCAGGGCCGGGGUGGAGAUCGGGAGGUUCAAGUCGAAGCGGAUCGGGAUUAGGGUUUCGUGCAGCGGAUUCGACGCCGCGGUUGCGAGCGCCAAGGCUACGCCCUCGACCUCGAUCGCCAAGUGUAAGCCCCAGAUCAAGAUCUGGAUUUGAACAUUUUGAACCCAAAAAAAAAAAAAUAAAAUUAGGUCGAUUACUAUUAAUUUCUUUUUCUUUUAUUACCAAUUAUGAAUAUUUAUUUGAUUUUAUAGUACAGGUGAGGUGAGGUGAGGUGAGGUUGUUGAAAUAUAUUUUCUAAGUUUUGCCAAAUUUUGAUUUCUUGUUUAUUUUGUGUGCGGUAAUUUAUAGAUCUUGGUAUGAA